AUGUACCACACACGAUUCACCCGCUGCCCAGACCCGCACUGCAAGAAAUACCCAACAAUAGCCAAGCCAAGAAUCUACCAAACCCUAAUCGCAGGCAUGGCUCUAGCACUAGGGAUAUGGUUCCUAUUCAUCGAGCUGUACGAAAAUGAACAGCGCUGGCGCAAGAAUGCAGGUGUGGCUAUCUUUCACGGAGAUCUACCUCCCGCACCGCACUAUUUGCCUGGAAGGGUUCCGUCGCUUGCGAAUGAGCGGGUUGAAAAGUCUACGCCUGUCGACGUUGAUAUGGCUAUGCCGGCGCGUCAGGUUGGGGUUGUUGAACAUCGAUUUAUGGCUUGA